CUCGCCCAGCGCGCAUGGACCAGCCGGCGUCGGACGCCGGCGCCUGCCUCGAGGUCCGCCUCUUCUACGUGCGCCUAUCGCCCCGCAGCUCCGGAGCUGCCGCCCCGCCACGGCUCUCGCUGGCCAUCCACCACGCCGGGACCGAGGCCUCCCCCUCCUCGCUCCCUCUCCGCCUCGACCGCUGCGACCCAGUCUCUGGCGAGGCCACCUACGUCUCUACCGCGGCCGCGCGCCUCCCCCCGCCCGACGCCUCCUUCGAGGUUGCAGACCACCGCGACGUCGCCCUCCUCCGAGGCACCCUUCGAAGGUGCCCUGACGCCAAGGCCGAUUCCCCUGUCUGGGCGAUCGACUGCGUCCCCGCCGAUGCAGCGGCGGCCUCAGCCUCGGCCUUUGAGGUCUAUGUUGCCGGGUACUGCGCAGGUGAGCCCGCCGUUCUUACGCGAGCCCUGCGGCUGGCCACCCCGGAAGAGGCUGCUGGCGGGUUGGUUCGCCGGCGAUCAGCACCUUUGGCGGCUAUGUGUGAUGAAGACGAGAGUGACAUGAACAUGGGAACCAGGGCAUACCCUGAAGGAUGGUACUCUGAUGACGACGACGGGCAACUCACAUGGUUCAACGCUGGUGUUAGGGUUGGCGUCGGGAUUGGGCUGGGAGUCUGUGUUGGAGUUGGUAUAGGCGUUGGGCUCCUCAUGAGCUCCUACCAAGCAACGGCCAGGAACCUGAAGAGGCGGUUCUUCUGACACUGUCGCUACAAAGGCACACGGGCUCGGACGGCCAGUAAGUAGAGAUGGCCCAUCCGAUGAUGUUCCGCGCUGAACCAACCGCCGUAUGUAUAGUUGGUGGAUUUGUUGUUCGUUGCAUUGUUGCUGGUCGUCUGGAGUUUUUGACUUGUGUAGCUCUCAUAUCUGUGUAUGUAAUCUGUGAAGGUGUCCCUGAACUUGUGGAAGUGGCAAAAAUGGACUUGGCAUGGAGCAGACGCACUGUGGCCUUAUUUUGUAAGCUUCAGAAUUGUGCUACAAGUCAAUAAUGUGUAUACAAGUGCGACAGCCUUUCGCUAUGAGCGAAUGUUGUCGGAUGUAUGUUUCGUCA